AUGGAUGAUUGCAAGGCAGUCGCAAGUCCAGUCGACAUGAGCUCUCGACUUGUUUCAAGUGAUGCAACUACCAAGGUCGAUGCUCCUUUUCGCGAAGCUGUUGGUGCGUUGAUGCACCUGACCACUGCAACGCGUCCGGACAUUGCGUUUGCUGUGGGCUAUGUGUCGCGGUUCAUGGAAAAUCCCCAAGAAGAACACUGGGUUGCAGUUAAGCGUAUCUUUCGCUACCUACAAGGCACUAAGACGCAUGGAAUUUGCUACAAGCCAAGUGCAAGGAUCGACUUCCGUGGAUAUUCGGAUGCGGAUUGGGCUGGUGAUCUUACCGACCGCAAGUCAACAUCGGGGUACACGUUCAUGCUACUCGGUGCGCCAGUCAGUUGGGGCAGCAAGAAGCAGCCAAGUGUUUCGUUGUCCACGAGUGAAGCCGAAUACAUCGCACUCAGCUUGGCGAUUCAAGAGGGCAAGUGGAUUCAUCGUCUGCUUUGUGAGAUCGUGAUGGCUGCCAAUGAAGAAGGACCGGAACUCAUGAUCCAUGAAGACAAUCAGUCGUGUAUCAAGAUGACGAAGAACCCAGUCAACCACGGCCGUGCCAAGCACAUUGAUAUCAAGUACCAUCACAUCCGUGAUGAGGUCAAGCGCGGUGAAGUGAAGCUCAAGUACUGUGAAACUGCGGUGAUGUUAGCGGACAUCAUGACGAAGGGACUUCACGGGCCACGCCACAAGGAGAUGACGGCGACUCUCGGGAUUCGUGAGCAUUCGGAUUGA